UGAAUUACUUUGAGUUGGAUUGAGUUCUGGAGUGACUGUUUUUGUUUGCAGCUUUUCUCAAACAUGCUAAGCUUGUGCCACGCCCAUGAAACACAUAGGGCGCUAAAUAUUUGAAAGUUGAAUUCUUGAACCAGACGCGUGCUCUACGAUGCUGCACUCAUUUGAGAUUUUUUCUUUUCCUGUUUUACACAGAUACAGGGCUUCUGUAUUUUCCAAAGCAGCUCUUUUAAAUGUGGUCAUAGCAUUUUUUACUUAUGCGGUACCUCUUCUUCUCGCCUACAGGAGUUAUGGGUUUUGGCUCAAGACGGACUCAUUUAUUGAACAGCCAACUGUACACUUCAAGCACCAAUAUAUAUUCAUUGGCGACGUCCUCGGCUCCCAGCCAGGCCCAAUUUUCUGCAGCACUUACAAUCACAUAUCUACUCAGUUUGCAGACCAGAAAAACAGAUGUCCCAUCAUAAAGGCUAAAGAAACCGAUUCCAAUCAUGAUGGGAAAAAUGAUGAAGUGUACUUUGAACUCAAUACACUGCUGGACAAUGAGGAAGAUAUUCAUGGAGUGACCCUGAUCCUUCUAUUUGACUACAGGCUCCAAGCGCUUUGUAACGUUAAUUUGGAAGGUUUGGCAGUAAUCCAGUUUAAUCACCCUCUACCUGGCAGCGAGUUGAAAGUAGUUGCUGAUUUGCAUCUACUUCAGAGAACACCAUUUGGAAAAAGAUUUGGACCGAAUGAACAGCUUGAAGAUAUCCUAGCGGCAGAUAAAGAAGAAUCCUUUGACAUCGGAGAGUUACUUGAGUCAUAUGCCAAGAGAAAUGCAAGCAUCCAACUUAGACGGCCCUUCUACACGUGGACAGCAGGGAGGGCGUCACAUCAAAAUUUCAAACUCAACGUCAAACUGUUGAUCACCCCACAAAAGAUCGAAUAUGUCCCUGGUUUUUGGCAGGUUAUGAAGUGGGCAUGGCUACAAUAUUUGUCGCUUCUGCUGGUCGUGCGGUGGUUGGCAAAAAACCUCAGGUUUUACAUUUUCACCAAUCACCUGGUGCCAGUGGUGAAAAUGCCGUUGCCAUGGACAAAACAACAAUUUUGA